AUGCUCUCUCUGCUUCCUUUUCUCUAUCUGUCCCUGGUCUGGACAAAAGCAGCAGGGGCAACAGAUCAUGCACUGCCUUUCAUGGAGUACCUGGACAGCAACGAUCUGGUCUGCCUGAAGUGGGGUUUUGAAUCUCUGCAAGGAAUUAUUACAUUUAAACUGGUGGUCAACACAACUGGCUGGGUGGGCUUUGGCUUGAGUCCGAAUGGAGGCAUGAAGGGGUCAGAUAUUGUCAUAGGUGGACUUGGAACCGAUGGAUCCUACUUCUCAGAUCGUCAUGCCAUAGGGAACUCUAUGCCUGUAGUGGACAAGAAGCAGAGCUACACUCUCCUGUCUCUAACUGAGAGCGAAGGACAAACCAUCAUGACCUUCAAAAGGCCUAUUCAGUUGUGCGAUGAUCAAGAUUUCCACAUCACUGCUAAACCCAUUAAGCUGAUAUAUGCCUAUGGAACAUCAGAUGAGAUUGCUUACCACGGGGUCCGCAGAGGAACCAAGCAGGUCAACCUGCUGAAUUACAUGCCCAGGACGACCCCACCCAACCUAGACAACUAUCUCAGCGCCAUAGUGGACAAUAUCACUGUCCCUUCCAGUCACACCUACUACCACUGCAAGGUCAUGAAGUUCCCAUACUUAAAUACAAAGCAUCAUAUAUAUCUGAUUGAACCAGUGAUUGAGCACCUUGACAUUGUUCAUCACAUGCUGCUCUACAGCUGCCCCCCCUUUGUGACGCAACCAUACGACAAGCCAUGUUUCAUGGGUGACAUAGGGGACUACUGCUUCAAUGUGGUGGCUACCUGGGGAGUGGGAGGAAGUGUAUUUGAGCUCCCAGAAAAUGCUGGUAUUCCUAUCGGAGGUGAGGGCAGGGAUACAUACUAUAGGUUGGAAAUCCAUUACAAUAACCCAACCAAUGAAACAGGCAGGACAGACAGCUCAGGACUGAGACUGCACUACACAGACCAACUCCGGCAGCAUGAUGUGGGCACCCUCUUCACAGGGCUGCAGCCAAUUGGACCUAUUUCAUACAAUAUCCCUCCAGGAGCACCUCAAUUCCAUAGUUAUGGUGUGUGUAAUACUACUCUCUUCUCUGAGUUCAUGAAUCAUGGGACAGACAUCCACGUGUUUUCUGUGAUGUUGCACACUCACGUGGUUGGGAGGAAAGUCAGAGUUGGCCACUUCAGAAAUGGAAAGCAGAUAGACUUCUUGGGCUUAGACGAGAACUACAACUUUGAAAUUCAAGAGGCUGUCCGUUUGGGAAAAAUCAAGACCAUCAAGCCGGGGGAUGAUAUUGUUGUGGAGUGCACCUACAACACUGUCAAUCGUACAGGAUUCACAAAGAUGGGGUUAGCAACUACUGAUGAGAUGUGCCUGGCCUUCCUGGUCUACUAUCCUGCAAUCAGUAUCCAGUCAUGUGUUAGCUACCCAAAUAUGACACAUCUAUCAAUGGACAAAAGCUAUGAAAUUGCUGAGUAUGAGAGUUUGCUGAAGGCUUUGCCACAAGUUCAGACGGUCUUUGAUGAUGCCAAACUCACACAGUACCCGAAUGGCAUGGUCAGGGAGUUGAUGAAAACGCCGACUUUCACUUGUGAGGAUUCCAAUGGGUCCAGCAGACUAGGCACUUUCUGGAUUUUGAACCCAGCAGCAGGAGUCAUACUUCUCUGGAUUGUAUUAAUGUGA